CUUGUGGCCGAACAACCCUCCAAAGGAGACCUCGUAGAGUCGGUAGGUUGCUGGUACGUGACCCAGCAUGUAUGGCAUAGCCGAUCAAGCCAGACCCCUCUGGCACCACUCCAACUGAUAGGCAUAUAUGGCAGUUUCAUGGAGUGUUUAAGCGCUUGGGUUUGGGCUCCGACCACCGCCUCGCGGCUCCAGACCUGAGACGUCAGACUGCGCCAGAGCUGCAAGACUCACGGACCUGAGACUGCCAUGAUCGGUCUCCAUGUGGAGGUGCCACAGAAGCCAGAGCUGCCACUCAUGGGCAGCAGUCAAAUCGCGGAGGUGAAAUCCAGCUUGCAGCCGCUGGUGGAGUCACUGGAUGAAGAAGUGAGCUUCCCUCAGGGGGACGGCCUUUGGACACAACAGUUUGCCUUAGAGCUCCUACCUUUCCGCAACUCCUUCUCUUCAGAGACGGAGUACAGUGAGGAUGAGCCCCACCCUGGCUCACCCAACGGGCGGACGCACCAGGAACCGCCGUGCUGGGAACCACGGUGCGCGGCGGUGCCGCGGAGAAAAGCGAGGUGUUCAGAGUGGCGACUCCACCUGAGCUGGAUGGGGAAGGACUACUUGGCCUAUUUGGACACCGCUCGGCACUUCAUUGAGCAGGACGGCUGCCCAGCGGUGUGGACGGUCAACUCUCCAAAUGCAACAUCUUCCAGGAACAGGAAAGCUUCAAACACCUUGUGGCGAAGCGCAGAGCGGCAGAUGCCGCGGCGGAUGCCAAUGCUGCGGGAGGGAAGCCGGGGCUCUUCAGCAACAUGAAGUCCAAGCUUGGCUGGUAGGGCCAGGUUGGCAUUUCGAGGGGAAUCAUGGGGAUUGCCCGGAGGGCCGCCGCCGAGUGGACGGCUUCCACGCCGCCCGCCAUCAGACAUCCCUAGGGAUCCAGCCGUACCUUCUCAGGUACGGUGUUUGGAGACACUGUUAUGUAGGUUUGGAGGCACUAAGUACCUUCUGAGAAGGUACUCCCUAGGGCUUGGGAGACGUCCCACUUUGGGUCUCUGGCGACGCCGCCCGAGUCACCGCACAGCUUCUCGAGCCUUGCGAGGCAAGGACUCCAGCUCCUCGUA